ACACGUUUCUUUAAGCCUUUUAAACAAGCGAUUUAAAACAUUUUCAUUUCACCUGGUUACAUAUAGAAAGCUGAUUCAGCCUGCCACGAGCAUCCAGCUUUCAUUCAGAUCUGAUUGGCUGUGUGGGUUUGCAGUGGUGUCACACUGUUCUUUUCUUGUUUUCAGUCAGAUCUGAUUGGCUGUGUGGGUUUGCAGCGGUGUCUCACUGUUCUUUUCUUGCUUUCAGCCGUAGGGAUUCAACUCAGGCUGGAGCUGCUGGAGAAGAAGUUCUGGACAGCCACGAGACAGCCCAACGACACCGAUUGCAGCACAAUAGACGGAAUGUGCCCUAUCAGCUGUGAUGAUGAUAAUCUGAACUGCUAUCUCAUUGACAGCAAUGGCUUCAUCCUGGUCUCCAAGGACAAAAAAGAGGCAGCUAAGUUCCUUGGGGAGGUGGAUGGCUCAGUGAUGCAGCAGCUCCUCAAUACAGGAAUGUUCAAACAAGUGACGCUAUACGAUUACCAGGCGAUGUGUAAGAUAGGCUACCACCACCACAGCGGAGCCAGACCCCUGCUCAGCCCUUUCUAUGGUCUGCUGGUGGCUGUCAAGUGGUUCCUCAGCAAUGUAUUCCUGUUUCUGAUGGAGUUUAAUUUCUGUGGGUUUUGGCAUUCAGACAGCAUCGUGGACGCCAAGUCUGUCUUCCAUGCAUCUCACAAGCAGAAGAAACAGGACAUGCUGCAGCCGUGUGACACUGAGUAUCCAGCCUUCGUGUACGAGCCUUCCGUCAAAGAGACCAACAGCCUGAUCGAGUGCGGGACCUGCCAAAA